AUGAAGAUAUGGACUCUCUCGGAUACAACGAAGUCGGGUCAGCUCCUCUUUCCGGAGUUCGCUCUAGCCAUGUACCUUUGCAAUUUGAAGCUUGUAGGAAAAGAAUUACCGCAAAGCUUGCCGGAAAAGAUCAUGAACGAAGUCUCUAGUAUGGUGGAUAUCAUUUCAUUCGGCGUGCCUGACGAUCGUCCUGUGGCGCCUCCUCGAAGCAAUGCGCCCAAUUUCAAUGCUCCAACCUCAGCAAGUUCCGCCUCCGUAAUUCAGCAGCCUCAGCCUCAGGCUUCGAACAGCCAGCUGCUGUCGCAGAUUGCAUCUCAACCAACAGGUUUCGCAGCGCAGUACAUCCCACCUCAACCAACGGGCUUUGGAAAUCAGCAAACCGGCUUCACACCACAGCCGACUAGCUUUCAGCAACAGCAGACAGGGUACCAGCAAAACGCACAAGCUACGGGUUACCAGGGUCCCAGGCCUCCCAUGCCGCCAAUGCCGACGGGUUAUGGCUCGAAUCUCUCUCCAGCGCAGACUGGCAACCAACCGUCAAUGCCUCUUAAUGCUCAGCCUACGGGACGCCCUGGGCAGUGGGGGCUUGUGAACGCUCCGGCUUCAGGAUUGCCAAAUAUUGAUGCUCUACAACAGCGUAUGAUGCCCCAAGCAGGCCGUGAAGGAGGAUAUACAACGGCUGGACUGUCGGGAAGCGCUACGGUUCCGUGGGCUGUUACCAAGGAUGAGAAGAAGAUUUACGAUCAGCUAUUCAAGGCCUGGGAUGGAUUCAACAAAGGCUUCAUUGGUGGCGAUGUUGCCAUUGAGGUCAUGGGCCAAAGCGGACUUCCUAAAGCCGACCUCGAAAAGGUUUGGACUCUGUCCGAUCCUAGUAAUAAAGGAAGAUUAGAUAUGGAUGAGUUCGCUGUCGCUAUGCAUUUAAUUUACAGGAAGCUGAAUGGCUACCCCGUGCCUAAUCAGCUGCCACCAGAGCUUGUCCCUCCAUCGACAAGGAACUUCACGAAUUCAAUAGAUACUGUCAAGUCGCUACUUUCACAAGAUGCCGAAACCAGGAAAAGUACGGGUUCCUUCCUUCAACCGCAGAAAACGGGUGUUAGCUAUCUGAAGAACCAUUCAUUCCGGAACGAUUCGAACGGCAUCACGCCAGGACGAAAGGAUGCAACCAUCUUUCGAAACAACGAUGAUGAUAUCGGGUACAGAUCGAGUGCGCGCCGCAGGGUUGGUGGUGAUGGACGUACUCCUUCACCCGCUCAAUCAACAUCACCAUCUUCCGAAAGAUCAAGUGAUGAUCUGUCGAUCGAACAGCUGCGUAAGAAGAUCCGAGAAAAGCAGGUAUUGCUAGACGCAAUUGACUUCAAGGAUGAGAACGCUGCGGAAGAAGACGAUGCUCUUGAUCGAAGGGAUCGUCGAGAGGCCGAGGACCUUUAUCGACGCAUACGGCGGAUUCAAGAGGACAUCGAUAGCCAUCCCAAAGCAACGCUGCGAAGCAUUGAUUCUAGCGCGGAACGAAGGACCUUGAAACGCCAAUUGCAGAGAUUGACAGACCGUCUCCCAGAACUAGCGUCUCAAGUCAGAAAGACAGAACGUAGCAUUUCUGAUGCCAAGAUUGAAUUAUUCCGUAUGAAAGAUGCAAAAGCCCACCCCAGCAGCGCCUCCACGAUCGUUGGUACUGGACCCGGCGGGGCUGUCACAGAGGCAGAUAGACUCAAGGCGCGCGCGAAAGCAAUGAUGCAGCAACGCUCUGCGGCUCUGACAGGUAAAGGUGCUCCCGCCAGCGGAGAUGACAGCGGUGCCGCUGCAAGACGCUUGGAGGAGGAGAAUUCAAAAGCUAAGAGUGAACGGGAGAAUAAUGAAAAUAUGAUCAAAGAUGUGGAAGACAGCGUACGAGACUUUUCUCGUGGUCUUGAGGAUACUCUGAUGCAGGAUGGUGAGGAUGCGAGCAGUGAGCACGAAAGACGGAGGUGGGAGGACGGCCUGGGUGUCGAGGAUGAAGUGAGAGACUUCAUCUUUGAUUUGCAGAGGAGUAGUCGUAGUGCCAAAGUACGAAGUGAAGAUACUGGUAGUACUCGUUCCGAUGAAAAUGGCCGAGGUCCCUCUCGUAAAGAUAGCUCGCGUGACCUUACACCGACCAGCCAUGACAGGAAGCCCGAGUCUCGGGAAACUUCAAGACCAGCAGCUGCUUCUGCUUCUGCAGGCUCUUACUCAUCCUACAAGACCGGCGAAGAUCGAGCCGCAUUCAUAAAGCAGCAGGCAGAGCAGCGUAUGGCCGAACGUCUUGCAGCUCUUGGCUUAAAACCACCAACUAAGUCUGGUGAAUCUGCCCAGCAGAGACAAGAACGCGAAGCCAAGGAACGUCAAGAACGAGUCCGUCAAGCUGAGGCAGAGGAUACCAAGCGAGAAGAAGAGAGGCAACGUAGGCUUGCCGAUGAGCAACCGUCUGCUCCAGAAAUUAGCAAGUCCUCCAAAAAGCCACCUCCUCCACCAACGCGAAACCGUAGAGCAGACAGUGCCGCGCAGCGUGAGGAAGUCAAACGGCAACAAGACGAUGAUGCCCUCAGGGCCGAAGCCGAGCAGCAAGGAAAGGAGCAAGCGAUCAAAGAUCAGCAGCGGGUCCAACAGUCAGAGACCAAGGGCAUGGAAAACGAAGCUCAACGACAGGAACAUGACCUGGCCCAAGAGCGUGAAGCUUCGCAGGCUCGUCUUAAAGCGCUAGAAGAGCAGGUCAAGCAAGGUAAAGUUAAGAAGCAGGAGGAGAAGCGCAGGAAGCAAGCCGCGGAGAGAGAAGCAAAGGAGAAGGAAGCUAAGCUUGCAGCUCAGCGAGCAGAGCUGGAAGCUGCAAAGGAACGGGAACGGCAGCUACAGUUGCAAUUGGAGAGCCUAGGCGACGAAGAUUCGUCUGACGAGGAUGGACCUCAAGAGAUUACGCCACAAGAGACUACGCCAUUGAACAGUCAGGUGCUCUCAAGAGAAGGUAGUGUCCAGGCGUCUAAUCGCUCAUCACCGCCAUUUGCGCCUGCGGCCAAGGCCGAAGCUUCAAUGAGUCCACCUCCAGCGCCCGUCCAAAGUCCUCCUGCGGCACCAGCUCUUUUCACCGCCAGCACCAGCACCGUCGUCAUCAUCUUCAUACGGUGCAGAUACCAAGAACCCAUUCUUCAAAAAGAUGAAUCAAGCUAA